UUAGAUCACAAUCCUGAAUAUUCGCGUAGAAUUCGUUGAGAAUUGUGCACGUGAUUCUUAUAUUUGAUCCAAAGUGUUGGCCAAAAUGGCGUUGCUGAUGUUUGCUUGCAUCGCGUUUGCGAUCGCCGGCAACCAUCUUGUUUUUGCGCAGGAUGAUUGGACCGAACCGUAUUUCACCGCAGGAGAUGGAGUGGACUUGGCCGCAAAUGAAAACAAUCUUCUUAUAAAAUUUAAAGAAAGUGAAAAGGAAGGCUUUAUAAUAGGCACAUUUUUAUAUACAGGCUCUGGUGUAUUGACAUUGGAUGGACCACAGAGGGAUUAUUUCAAAUUGGAUACUCUGGUUCUUUCGCUUAAAAAAGAAGCUGAUUUUGAAAACGAUUUGGAGAAGAAGUUAAGUAUCAGAGUGACUCAGGGCGACUUCACGCUUCAAAUUACAGUCGAAGUGCAAAACGUUAAUGAUAACCCGAUUUAUAUUACGGGGAAUCGUUGUGAACAAAAAGAAAAUAAUGAUGAAAAUUAUAUCAAUGAGGAAUGCGUAUAUACCAUCACGGAUGCCGACGGAUUGUCUGAGCAUCUAGAAUUUGGUUUUAGUCCGGAUAGGUUCAGAAUGUCCAAGGAACCAAAUGAACUUAAAGGACAAAAUAGAGCAGAGCUGAACUUAAAAUUUUUAAAAUCUGAAGAUUUCGAAACGGAAAAUACAGUUGCUCUAACCUGGACAGCAAAAGACGAAGAAUAUAAAGAAGAAGGAGAAUUUGCGGAAUUAUUCAUUCUGGUAAAAAUUAUUGACAUGCCUGAUAUGCCCACUGAAUGGAAUGAUUAUAUUGGUACAAUUUCCAUCAAAGAAGAGGAAUCUGUGACUCGUACCCUUAAAGCUAGAGAUGGAGAUAUUCAAAUUGCUGAAACUAUUCAAUAUAAACUAGAAUGUGAACCCCAGCAAUGUCCACACAUAGAACUGGUAGGGGAUCAGCUGAAAAUUGGUCCCUAUAUCUUGGAUGAUCCCUUAGACAAUAGCUUCAGUUUUGAUGUGACUGCCUUUGAAUCACACAUUGAAGCAAGCCAAACAGUUUACAUACAAAUUAUGGACAUUAACAAUAACAAACCGGAAAUAUCAGUGUCGCCCCUUGAGUUUGGAAUAGAAGAAGAAACAAACACCCUUCCACCCAAGUUAUCUAUCACAAUAAGCGAUAAAGACGCUGGAAAGUAUGGCACGUACACAGUUUCAUUGGAAAGCGAGAAGUUGCCAAAUAUCAAGGAAAUUAUGCAAAUUAUUCCGGAGUCAGGCUAUCAAACAACCCAAUUCAAUAUCAUAAUAACCGACGCAGAAAAAUUGGACUACGAUGACGAAAAUAUGGACGUACCCGCAAUUGUUGAUGUCAUUAUUAAGGUGGAACCGGCCGAUCCGGAGCAUCUGUCUGAUCACACUGUUGAAGAAACAAUAAAGAUUACCCUCAAGGAUUUAAAUGAUGAAUCACCAAUAUGGAAAGAACCUAAGUACGAGGUGAAAGUUUUGGAAACGUUUGGUCGAACUGAAAUUGAAGAAAUAAAAAUAGACGAUCACCAAUUUUUCGCAACGGAUAAUGAUAAAGAGGAAGUGUUCAACACAAUAACUUAUGAGUUAGGUCCUGCGGCCCAACAACUUCUGACUCUAGAAACCACAACCCCCGAAAAGGAAAAGAAUCUUGUUUUAAAGACAAAGACAGUGUCGGGUACUACAAAACAAUUAUUUGACUAUGAACGGGAGAAAAGUAUUAUAAUUCCAAUCACAGCCACGGAUGGACUAAACACCGCCACCGUUCAGUUGACCAUUAAUUUAGAUGACGUCAAUGAUGAAAUGCCCACGUUGGAUGCGGAUACACAAACAGCUGAUAUUAAAGAAAAAUCAGACAUUGACACUAAAAUUGAUAUAAAUUUGGAGAGUAAUGAUGCUGAUGAAUCAAGCGAGCUUAAAUACGGAAUUGAUGAAGGUGAUGAUGAUUCGUAUGUUCUUAAACGCGGAAAGAAGUUGAUGUGGUCCGAUCAUCGUUGCAUUUCUAUUAAUGAAGAGACCGGCGAAUUGAAAUUAACACAAGAACCAGACUAUAAUGUGUUCGAUACAAUUUAUCUACAAGUUUAUGUCGAGGACCUGAAAGCUGAAGUUCCAAAACCUCAGAAAACAAAACUGAGACUAAUUAUUAACAUCGAAAAUACCCCUGAUAUGGACUUGGAGUUUGAUGACAACACAUUUAAAGACAAUGCUGUUGUUGAACAUUCAGAAGAAGGUUUAACUAUUGGUGUAAUCAAAGCGACAGACCCAGACGCACCCGGAUGGGAGGAAAUUGUGUUUAGUUUAAUGGAGAAACCUGAUACGCCAGUUGGAUUAGUUUCCAUUCAUCCGGAUUCUGGGAAACUUACGGUUAGUGGUGAAAUUGAUGCUGAUUUUCCUGAAGAUAAAGGAUUGUUUGAUUUGAAAUAUGAAGUGACGGCUACUGUUUAUAACUCUGAAAAUAAUAGAAGUGUAGUAAAAGAUUUAACAAUAAGUAUCAAAGAUAUUGAUGACAACAAGCCAAUUCCAGAAAAGAAUACGUAUAAUUUUUCGAUUGAAGAACAUACCGAUGUAUUAAUUGAUUCAGAUGGCCAUAUUAAGGUGACCGAUAGCGACAGGGAUGAGAAGAACAGCAAGUUUAAAUGUGUAAUAAGUUUGAUCGAUGAUGAUAUCGAUACAGAUAUCUAUGCAGCCGACACAGAUGAAACUGGAUGCAUAAUCAAAAUCGUAAAUGGUAAAAAAAUUGAGCGGGAUGGAAGCAACGGUCGAGAGAAACACACCUUUAAUCUGAUUGCUUAUAACCCAAAUACCAUUGUUGAAUCAUCUAUUAUUCCGAUUGAAAUUGAAAUCAAAGAUAUCAACGACAAUUAUCCAUCGAUUACAACAGAUCUUCAGUUCACUGCAAAUGAAGAAGAUAAAGAGCAAAAGGUAUUGGGCGUCAUAACAGGUGUCGAUGAGGAUAGCGAAGAGAAGAAUAUCAAAAUUCUUUACGAGCUGAUAAACAUAGAAAAACAUGAUGGCGAUGAUAAUUCACAAUUGACGUUAGAAGACUUUGAGAUAGAAAAAAUUGGUGGUCAACUAAGGAAUUCUAAAUUCAAAAUAAAGAAAAAUUUGGAGACAUUUUAUGGCACUUACACACUGACCUUCAAAGCAACCAAUGAUUUAGCUGAUAACAAGUGGUACACUGAUAAUAAUACAGUCACACUAGUUGUAGAGAAGUACAACUACAAAAGUGUCAGUUUUGUGGGAGCACUUGCUAAUCCCGAUCCAGUCAUUAUUUUGAGUGAUGCCCAAGAAGCAAAUAAACCGUUGCAUCAACAUGGUCCGAAUGCACCGGAUCUCGAAAACUUUGAAGCCACUGACAAUCAAGGAAACAAAUAUGCGUUGGAAUUUAAAAUAAUCGAUAAUUGCUUAGUGGACGGACAAGACUUAUUCAAACUGCUUGGCGUCAAGGAUCAAACAGCUCAACUGCAAUUGACGUCUGCCGUGAAUCUUCCAGACAGAUGUAUACUGACAAUCACAGCUCAGAGCAUAGGCGCCACCCCACACCAUGAUGAAGCAAAAGUUGAAGUUAAAAUCAUAUUCCUAGACAAUGACGCCGGGCCGGUUUUUGAACAGACCGAAUUUUCGUGUGAGUGGGUUGAAAUGGAUAUAGGUCCUUUGAAAUGCCAACUACCGGAAGCAAAACAAUACACAGAGACCCGACACAAUACGUUUGCUGAUACCAAUAUUAAAUAUUAUAUUUCUGAAAGUGUACCUGAAGGUGCUUACGAAAUCACCGACCCAAUGGUGAUAAGUGUCAAUGUUGCGAAAGAAAUCGAUUUGAACGAGCUGGGAGACGAAAAAUCAUGGUUUAAAGUCGAAGCAUCAUACAAUACAGUGCCGAGUGAUCAACCAAAACCAGAAAGUGUGUUACUGGUGAAUGUAAAUAUUGAAGAUAUCAAUAAUCAUCCACCAGUGUUCAGCAAAGAAAGCGAUAUAGGCAUUCUGUUGGUCGGUUUAGCUAACAAAGGAACUAAUGUUGAACUCAAAGCCGAUGAUCCGGAUAAAAACGACGUUCUGACUUUCAAAAUUAAUUGGGAUACGUACGACGCCGAUGGUAAUAUACCCAGCAAAGAUACGAAACCGUUUGAAAUCAGGAAGACCAACAGUCGAGAAGGUGAAUUAUUGGCAACUUUCACGGUGCUGGCAAGUAUGAGCGGCCGAGUGGAAUUUGAUGUGAUUGUUGAGGAUUCCGACGACGAGAAUAAACACACCGACACAAUGCAUGUUACACUCUAUGUGAUUGCCGAUGUGCACUUGUGUUCGCUCAUUUUUGAGAAUAAUUUGCAGGAUGUCGAAGAGAAAAGAGAAAUUUUGAUUGAGGUGUUAGCAGAACAAUUUAAAUACACCGUUGGAAUUAGUGAUGUUAAGUUAUCCUCAUUGACCACACGACGUGCGACUUACGAAGAUGAAGAUGAGAAUGUCGAUAUAAGUUCCACCGAAGUGAUUGCGUACUUUAUCGAUACAGAGAAUAAAGUCGGCAUUGAGAGCGAUGUUAUUAAAGCUCAAAUCAACAAUUUGAACUUUUAUGCGCAGCUUCGAAAAGCUUUCUUGGAAUAUUCACUGCUGAUGACAAACGUUAUUAUCCCAGCCGAUGCUGAAUCAUUGGAGGAAACUUACAAAAUUGCACUGAUAGUGGUAUCAGCCAUUUGUGGAGUGCUGAUUAUUGGACUUAUCGGCUUUUUCACAUACAAAAUCCGAUCUACCAACAGUCGCAUUAAUCGACUGGCGCAAGCGGAAGUGCGGCGCCCUACGAUGAUUCCAAAUCUACCGGGCGCAAAUCGAAGGGCUACGCAGGUUGUGAAUCCAAAUGUUACCCAUCUGGAAGAGGAUAAUGUGAGCAACGAUUUGUCAUUUACCAAAUCACCGCGCGAGUCUUUUAGGAAUUCAAUAGAUGACGAAGACGAUGAUGAGAAUUUUAUUGGCGUGGAAAAGAGUGAUAUAUUCAAAAUCGCUACUAAUUAUUAGUUUAUUUUAAUUGCUAACGUUUAGAACUAUUAAUAUUGUUAAAACAUUUGUUGGUAAGAAUUAUAAAACAAUAGAAACCAAAA